AUGAUAUCACAGUUAUCACACAAACUGACAAACAUUCCAAAAUACAACAUAUUGAUAGAGCUGAUAAUUCAAGGACUCGAUGUAGUUGUAGAAGGCGGAGGAGAGAAGAAUGGAAUGGAUGGGAGAUUAGUCGGAAGAGAAGAAAUUAUUGUCGGAAAUGAAGGCAAAGUUGGCAUUGGAGGCAUUGCAGUGGGAAUUGUGGGAAGGUUUGGUUGUGGCAAAGUUGAUGGCAUUGGAAAUGGAGACGUUACAGUGGGCAUUGUGGGAAGAGUUGGUAGAGAUGGUUGUGGCAAAGUUGAUGGCAAUGGAGGUAGUCCCGUUGUCGGGAUAGGCAGAUUUGGAAUUUGA